AUGGCAUUCACUUCUGAUCUUCAUUUCGUGCCGGAGCUGCCAGAAUCGCCAGUGCCGUGCUUCCGAGUGCUGGACCACGAGGGGGGGCUCGUUGAAGGCGCCGAGGAGCCCGAGCUGAGCCAAUCCGAAGCAGAGCGCAUGUAUGAAGCGAUGGUGGAGCUGCAGGCAAUGGACUCGGUGUUCUACGAGGCGCAGAGGCAGGGGCGCUUCUCGUUCUACAUGACCACGGCGGGGGAGGAGGCCGUUAACAUCGCCUCUGCUGCCGCCAUUCACGCGCAUGAUCAUGUGUUCGCACAGGCAGAGGCAGAGGCAGGGGCGCAGAGGCAGGAGCGAUUCUCGUUCUACAUGACCACAGCGGGGGAGGAGGCCGUUAACAUCGCUUCUGCUGCCGCCAUCCACCCCCACGACCACGUCUUUGCUCAGUAUCGCGAGCCAGGGGUGCUGUUGUGGCGGGGCUUCUCUCUCGCUGACUUCGCCAACCAGUGCAUGGGCAACCAGCUAGACGCAGGCAAGGGGCGGCAAAUGCCCGUGCACUAUGGCACACAGAUCCCUCAUGCAGUGGGGGCGGCCUAUGGGCUCAAGAUGGAGGGCGAGGGGUGCUGCUCCGUGGCUUACUUUGGCGAGGGCGCUGCAAGUGAGGGCGACUUUCACGCAGCUCUCAACUUCGCAGCAGUCUUGGAAGCACCUGUACUCUUUAUAUGCCGCAACAACGGCUGGGCUAUAAGCACGCCCGCUAAGGAGCAGUACCGAGGUGAUGGCAUAGCAGGGCGAGGGGCGGCAUACGGCGUCUCUAGUGUGCGGGUGGACGGCAAUGACGUGCUGGCAGUGCUGAGAGUGGUGAAGGAGGCGAGGGCGAGAGUGGUGGAGACAGGGAAGCCCAUUCUCGUGGAGGCCAUGACAUACCGCACGGGGCAUCACAGCACGUCGGACGACUCUUCCCGUUACCGCGGGGCGGGGGAGAUGGCGCACUGGCGCACACAGAGAGACCCCGUGGCGCGCUUCAGGAGGUGGCUGGAGAGGCGAGGGUGGUGGGAUGAGGAGCGGGAGAAGGCAGCAAGGGACACUGCCAGGGACGAGGUGAUUGCCGCACUGGAAGCUGCUGAGAAGCUCCCGAAGCCGCCUCUAUCGGAUCUAGUGAGCGAUGUGUAUGACGUCAUUCCACUCCAUCUGCAGGAGCAGGAGAGGGCGGUGCGCGCAGCCGUUAUGGGGAACCCCCAGGCAUAUCCUGGUGAUGUGCCACUGUAG